AUGAAAUUCAUUGGAAGUAUCUCAUUCUUGCUGAUUAUUCUCGUUGGUUAUACAUAUGAAGAUGAAUCUGAUCCAUACGAAGAUCGUGAGCAUAGUCUAACUCGGCCAUAUCCGUCCGUUUUUUCUACAUCGAAUUCAUAUUGGCAUUUACAUGGCUUUUCGUUGGCUACUGAUCGAUACAUUCGUUUAACAUCAGACACGCAGAGUAAAUAUGGUGGAUUAUGGAAUAUGAUACCAGUGACGUAUGCUGAUUGGGAAAUGCAUGUUCAUUUUCAUGUGCAUGGAGAAGGGAAAGGAUUCUUUGGUGAUGGAUUUGCUAUCUGGUACGCAAGAGAUCCGAAAUUAGACGGUCCAGUUUUUGGUUAUACUGACUAUUUCUAUGGUUUAGCUGUUAUUAUGGAUACUUACGCUAAUGAUCAUGAACGUCAGAAACAUAUAUAUCCAUAUAUCUCGGCUAUCGUGAAUAAUGGUACGCUGCAUUAUAAUCAUGAUCGCGAUGGUACGGAUAUUAGUAUUGCUGGUUGUGAAUCAUCCUUUCGUGGUCGUACGACUGACACACUUGUUGCUAUUCGUUAUGAAAAUAAUCGGCUAACCGUUUCGACGGAUGUCGAUGGGAAAAAUAUCUGGGUUGUAUGUUUUAGCAUUGAUAAUAUUCAUUUACCCACGAAUUAUUAUUUCGGAUUCACUGCCGCAACCGGUCAACUUAGCGAUAAUCAUGAUAUUAUUUCAGUUCGCACUUUUCAAUUAGCCACAUCUGAACAACGACGAUCGGAAGACCGCAAGAAUAUUAUACCUGCAGCUCCAGCAGCGAAACCAGGUUCAACUGAGAAUGAUACUUCGAAAAGCAGCAGUUGGUCGGUUUUGAAAAUCUUCCUUCUUGUGGUAUUUGUUAUCUUGAUCUGUUUGGGAGCUAUUGGUUCAGUUUGGUAUAUGCGAAGCUAUAGCCAUCGGUCGAAACGAUUCUACUAG